AUGGCACCGGCCGACCUUAUCACCUUGCCUAGCGAGAUUCUCCUUUCGAUUUGUAAAGAUAUGUGUCCCCACUGCUCUACUUCUGCAUCAAAAUGGAGUGACGAAGAUUACAAACGGGGUCUGCGAUCUCUCGUUCAGACAUGUCGGCGUUUGCACGAGAUCGCGGAACCGGUUCAGUAUCAUGAUGUUCGCCUUGGGGAUACUAGAGGGCAUGCUAUAUGUUUUCUGCGUACUCUCCUUGAGCGACCAGACUUGGCUGCCCAAGUACGCUGGUUUAGCAAUAUCGAUAGCAGCUCCUAUUGGCUAUUGUGGAAGGACAUCGAGGCUUUUGGAGGAGCAGCACUACGUCUUUACAUCAACAGGAUUGGCGGAUGGUUUGGGAUGGCACUGUGGAACGGAAUCGACUGGCACCAGGAGCUCCUUGAAUUGACGCUAGGCCUCCUCCCGAAUGCAGAAAAAUUGAGACUCGAGGCGCCGUACUGGUACGAAAAGGGCUUUAGUAGCUUAAUCACAGAAUUUGUCCCCAUGGAAUCCGUCACCAUGUUGCAAAUGAUUCCUGAGGAAGAGUAUAGCCUUGGCGUCCGCCGCGGCUUGAUGGACCUUGGCCCCCAGCGCGACUUUCUGGCCAUGAUGCCAUGCCUGAAGGACUUGAAGAUACAUCGAUACGGACGCAUUUCAGAGCAUCUGCCUCUUUCUGAAGUUUGUUCUUUAUCGCUCGAGGACUGCUGCAUUAGCAAGCGGAGUCUACGGAAAAUCAUUGACUCUUGUCCGAAAUUGGAAUGUUUUAAUUACGUAUUUAGAGACGUCGGAGUUGUUGACGCUGAUCCGUUUACAUGGGGACAGGCGCAACAAAUGCUGCGCUCCCGAAGACAGACUCUGAAGAAGGUAAAUUUCGAGUUCGGCAAAAUGUACCUUACUACUAGGGACGAGCCUUUAGAACCGGGAGAUUACUUGGGCAGUUUCCACGACUUCGAGAAGCUGGAGACGCUGUGGGUGCGAACGACCAGUUUUGGCGCGCAAGAUGAUGAUACAACUAUCCCCACGUUCCCGGCAAACGUUCAAGAUUUGAUUAGCAAGUUGCCUGGAUCACUUAUUUGCCUUGGCUUUUGCGGUUCACAUAAAAAUUGGGAUGGGAUAAAAAUACUGGCAAUGGCAAUUCGAGAGGGCCAUUUCCCGAAGCUCAAGACUGUGAUGGUGGAACAAGAGCAAACGGAGUUUGAAGAGUCAUGUGAGAUCCUGGCUGCCGUUGGUGUGGUUUGCGGGUUUCUAAAUAAUGAGCUUUAUGACUCUUUCCCGCGUUGUCUCCAUCGACAGUAUAUAAAAAAGAGUAAGAGCCGACGUCACUGA